UUUAAAAUUUGGAAAUACAAUUUGAAGCACAUGUAAAGCACAAAAGCCAAAAGACAGCAGCAGAUAGUGCCGGAAUACUCGGCCAAAUAAUUGCAUAAAGGUGUUUUGUUUGCUCUUGGCCCCCUCCUCGCUCAGAACCGAAGACGAGUGGCGGGUUCUGCACUUGUUCCUCUGUGAUUUCAGCUCGAGUGUUGAAUGAGAUGGGUCUCUUGAUGCAAGUGUUCCAAUGGGAGAGGCGGUGGCAUCUAGUCAAGAGAUGCGACGUAACGCUGAGGCGCGGCAUCAAGAAGAAUGCGGCAUAUCCAACCAAGCUUGCGGAAGUGGGACGUCUGGUGGAGGCCAGGGAUGACAAAUACGAGACCGGACAGGUAUUCCUGCACCGCAUCUUUGGCUACCGUGGAGUGAUACUCUUUCCAUGGACCGCCCGUGUCUACGACCGUGAUCUCCACAAUCCCAGCAAGAUCACCGCAACGACAACAGCGACCGCCACGGCCACGGCGACGGCCACUCCGCCCCUGGAACAAGGAACCAAAGAGGCUUCACUUAGAGUUAAGCCAACAUCUGCAACGUCGCCUACUCUUACGCCAGCCGAUGUCGGCUGGCCGGAGUCACAGCCCGUUGGAAGCCGUUCCGAAAGUACCACAAGCAUGGGUACCGCCAAGACAUCGGCCCACUCUCAGGUGGACACCAAAGAGGUCCGGGGCAAAGUGCAAACCUUCUAUCAAGUGCUCAUCGACACAAGGGAUUGCCCGCACAUUCGGGCCCAAACGGAAGCCGUAACGUUUUUGGGGAAUCAAGACUCCAAUCGCAGCCUGUAUGCCAUACCCGGCUUGGACUAUGUGGCGCACGAGGACAUCAUGCCCUACAGCUCCACCGAAAAGCAGCCCCUACAGCAUGAAUUAUUCGACAAGUUCCUGACACCUGCCCCGGACUCGGAUCCGCCGUUUGUAGGGCAGGACACGUUGAAGGCCUGGCAGGAGAAGAACCAUCCCUGGCUGGACAUGAGCGAUGUACACAAGGAGACAACUGAGAAUGUACGAAUCACCGUGAUUCCCUUCUAUAUGGGCUGCAGGGAGACGCCAGCCAGCUCCGUCUAUUGGUGGCGCUACUGCAUCCGUCUGGAGAACCUGGGCGAGCUGAGCGUGCAGCUGCGCGAGCGUCAUUGGCGCAUCUUCUCCCUGUCGGGCACUCUGGAGACGGUCCGUGGCCGUGGCGUGGUUGGGCAGGAGCCCAUACUCAGCCCCCGGCUGCCCGCCUUCCAGUACAGCAGUCAUGUUAGCCUGCAGGCGCCAAGUGGGCAUAUGUGGGGCACCUUCCGGCUGGAGCGCGAGGAUGGCUACUCCUUUGACUGCAAGAUUCCGCCCUUCUCGCUGGAAAGCAAGCCGGAUGACAUCAGUCCGCCUACCUCAAGCGCGCCCACCGGCACGGGAAACACCGAGGAAUACGAGAAGAAGCGCGACGAUACCGACUAAGUGACAGGCGCGCACAUGGCAGUGCCACAAAUGUUGUUGAGCCGUAGUUAAAUGAUUUUAAAGACACAAUCUUAUUUUGACGCCAAUUCAGAAAGUACAUGUGGAUAGUGCAAAUUAUAUUAAUCAACAAAGAGGCAAUAA